ACGAUAACGAUUAUUCGCUGUAGUGUGACCGUCUUCGGUGGGUCGCUAAUUUUGUAGAAGCGGAAAGUUGUGAACAAAACGCGUGGAAUUGUGCUUAAAACGUCAACAAAAAAUUUGUGAAAAUAGUUGGGAGCGUAGCAUGCGAGCCCAGCAAUCGCAGCACUAUGAAAUUUUCCCGAGAAACGUGUAGUAAACGUUCAAAACGGCGCGCUAUCAUCCGGAUGCUGUGAACCAAAAAUGUGCAACGGAACAAAAAUAAAGAAGUGGCUAAGUGUAUAUACAAAUCGAGAUUGGUUUGUGAAAAUCAAGUUCCAAAAGUUUUGAUCAAAAAACCUACUGAGCUUUCCGUCAAAUCAAACUAAGUUGUGUAAAACGAGUGAAAAAAAUCAACAAAAAUAUAAUAAUAAAAAUAAGCGAAACAACGAAAGAUCGUUUAUAUAUAUUAAAAUAAUAUCCACGAAGUAUAAGUCACAACAUACAACGACAGACAACAACGUAAAAUUAAUACGAAUCGGAACGGGAUAGAAUUUUCGUUACUGAAGAAGAUCAGGAUUAAGAUCCCAGGAGCUAGAGCUAGAGCUGCAGAGCAAGGAAGCAGUGCGCAGAGGAAGUGGUAGCGGAAGCCGUUGAAUCUCUCGCAGCGUUAUGUUUGUGAUGGCUGACAAUGUGAUGUGGCACAGUGUUGGACACCGUCUAUGCAAUUCAAGCGCACACCACGGCCCUUAUCGUCUACCGUUAGUAGCGUUAUUACCACUCCGUGCCAGAGCCAGAGAUUAUGCAUUGGGCCCCCAAUGCUUUGGGGGCACAUCUACGAAGAGCCAGGAGCUACAGCAACAGCAACAUGACGGCCUCACCAGUAGUGAAGUAGUGUUGUGAAAUCGAAAGCUAAUCUUGAACUCUACCGAUUGAGUGAACUUUAAAGCCAAGUUAGGCUCUCCCUCUUCCUACAGAAACUAUAAUUUAAGCUUGCAGAAAGCUCUGCAAAAUCUACACCAGCAUCGCCAUGCCCAUGUCCAGCCACGACACGGUCUUUGUGGAGCCCGCCGUUAGCAGCAGCAGCACCAGCGUCGGCGGCGGUAGCACGAGCAGCAUCAAUCGCGUCGGGAUCGCUGGCCCCCAACCGCCGCCACCGCCGCACAUCGUCAUCGAUGGCACAAGUUUGUCAACGCAGGCGCAACUGCAGCGCAUCAUGCAGCGCCGCAUGUCGAUCAGCACGCGCCAGAUCCUCAGCGCAAGCCAAGGCCAAUCCCAGUCAGUGGUGGCGGUGAAUGCAACGCAAAAAUACGCAGUGCGUACGGCAGCAGGCACUGGGGCAGCCUCUUCGGCCAGCUCCGGUCAGGAGCUGAUUAAUCCUCAAAUCUAUAAGAUUGUGACCACUGAUGGCAGCACCAGUAAUGUCAUUAUUGAUGCCUCGGCUGCGGCGCCGCCGCACAAUUCAAAGCUCCUGCUCAGCAAUCUCACGGUGCUCUCAAAGCAGGCCCCUGUCCAAGGAGGAGCAACCCAGCAACAGCAGCUCAGCUAUAUGGGCGCAAAAAGUCUGCCGUAUGUGACGGCAUCGCCGGCAAAGCAACCACUACUGCAGCAACAGCAGGCCCAGAAGUUUGGCAGCAUUAGCGCAUUUAAAGCGCAACAGCAACAGCAGCAGCAUCACCCGCAGGCAGCCACUUUGCAGAAAGUGACUGUGAACUCUCGCGUUGCGGCUCGCCUCCAGUCUUACGUUCCGGCUACUCCGCCGCAAAUAAUAGUGCAGCCGGCGCAGCAGAAGUAUGUAAAUGCCACGGCGACGACAGCAUUGGCUGGCAAUGCGGCGCUACUGAAGAAGGCCAAUCAAAAGAUUACGGUAAAGAGCGUGGGCAAUAUGCUGCAACAGCAGCAGCAACAGCAUCACCAGCAACUGCAGUCCCAGCAGCUGAAGACGUUCAUCACUCAGCAGCAGCAGCAGCAACAGCAGCAGCAGCAGCAAACCUACAAGACGGCGGCAGGUGCCAAGGCAAAGUUUGUAAAACAAACGACUGCCCUGUCUAUUGCUGCUUUGCCUCAGCAGCAACAGCAGCAGGCUACCUAUGCCAAACAGUCGAUAGUUACGCCUACGCCAGUUACCAAGGUCACCAAGCUAAACAGCAAGUAUGUGCAGCAGCAGCAGCAGAUCAACUUGCCGCAGGGAACUCAACUGCAGCACAAGACAUCUCCGAAUGCCGGCUCGGCAGGCGGAUACUUGCUGCAGGCGCAGGCUCAGGCAACUGGCGGCGGAACCAUUAAGUUUGUCAACUCGCAUGGCACCGUCAUCCAGCAGCAUCCCCAGCAGCAGCAGCAGCAGAUGGGAACGACGAAGCGCAUCCACUACAACAGCAGCGGGAGUAGCGACAAUGAGCCUGCGCAUGCGGUGACCAACUCUUCUCUGAUCACCGAUGACGUAAUGAUUGUCAACGGCACCCAGAUGACGGAUGAGUUGUCUGCGCGCAUCCUGCAAAGCAUGGCCCAGAAGUCAUUUAGUCAGCAGCAACAGCGAUCCCAACAGGUGCCGGGUGCCACCACCAGCAGCAGCAGCAACAUGCCGCCACCCACACAGAUUAUCUAUAGCAAUAAUAGCAGUGGAGGCGGCACUAGCAGCAGCAAUGGCGGAUCCGCUGGCAGUCCGGGAAAUCUGCUAUUGACACAUUAUCAAGCAGCCGGCAACAAGCCAGUUUCCUCGCCAUCGUUUCUUACCGUCACUGGCACUGGCACGCCUCCAGUGACUGUGGCCAGCACCCCCUCUGUUAGCAUCUCGUCGCAUGGCUUCGUAAGCGGCAGUGCAGCCAUCUCCUCGUAUAUGUCCUCGGCAACGGCGGCGCGUCGUCAAUCGGUGAGUGCCCCCAGCAGCCGGGCGGCGUCACUGGAGCGUAAGCAACAGCAGCAGCAGCAGCAUCCGUAUCAGCCAAUGCAGCACGAGACGGCAAGGAAGGCACCAACCGUCAUUGAGUAUUACAAGCACGGCGUGAACCAACACAGCAGCAGCAGCAACAGCAGUAACCUGACCCAUAGCAAUAGCAUGAGCAAUCUGGGAGCUUUGCGGAACAACAGUGCUAGCGGUUAUACCACGACAACUCUUACCCCAGCCACGUCUCUUCAUUUAACGCCGCUCAGUAACGUUUCUGGACAACUGGACGCAGCAGGGCCACUGGUGAAGUUAGCAACAACCACAAGUGCAACAUCUGCAACAGCAGCAGGAACAGGAACAGCAGCAGCAGCUCAGCUACAAACGGCACAGCAUCCAAUGGGCCAAAGCCAUUUGAGUGCCAACGACGAAGAGCUAUAUAUUGAGGAGGUGCGACCGGUGCCAGUGCUAACACAGGAUCUGCGCCUGCAGCAGCUUCAUGCCAUAAUGCAGGACCACACCUAUGCCUCCCUGCAGCAGCAGCAGCAGCAACAACAGCAGUCACAGCAGCAGGAUACAACCAUUGCUGGAGUGGCACAGCAGCAGCAACAGCAGCCGCAACAGUGGUCCCUAGGCGGAAUUGGUGUGACAGUGGCAGGGGGCCAGACCACACCCACCUAUGGAAACUUUUACGGUCAGCCGGUUCCUCGUCAUGUCACCGACGAUGAUGCCCACUCGGCCAUUAGCAGUAGCUCUAGAUUGGGCCUGGCCAGCGCUGACAUUGAUCCGGGCGAGGAGACGGAGACAGCGCCAGAAGCCGAGGCCGACGAUGACUCUGUGACGCGCUGCAUUUGUGAGCUGACCCACGACGAUGGCUACAUGAUAUGCUGCGACAAGUGCUCGGCUUGGCAGCACGUGGACUGCAUGGGCAUUGACCGCCAGAACAUUCCCGAGGAGUACAUGUGCGAGCUGUGUCAGCCGCGUGCUGUGGACAAGGUGAGAGCUCGUGCCCUGCAGCGACAGAAGCGUAAGGAGCACAUGCUGCUGGUGGCCACCCAGGCGGCUAAUGGAGCUGCAGCCGUGGCGGCAGGAGCAACGCUCAGCGGAGGAGCUUUUAGCAGUGGCACUGGCAUCGGCGGAGUGGCCAUGUCCGAGGAGCUGCAGCAAAGGCUAACAUCGGGACUGAAUGGCGGCUAUGCCACGGGCACUGGCAUGUCCAAGAAGUCGAAGAAAACCAAAGAUGGAGCCGGCGGAGGUUCCACUUUAAAGAAAACCAAGAAGAGCGGCAGCAACGAGAAGAGCGGCAGCGGAGGAGUAGGAGGAGUAGCUCCCUCUGGUAACGCUGGCACUGGCAAGUCUAGCAAAAAGAGUAGCAAGCGCAAGAGCAAGUCCAAUUCCGAGGGGACGAGUGGCGGCAGCGGCAGCAAUCUGGCUCUUACGGCGGCUGAAAAGCAUGCCGCCAAUUUGCGGCAAUGGAUUGAGAACUACGAGUACGCGGUGACCAAUCAUUAUUCGCCGGAGCUGCGAGCCCGCCUCCAUGCCAUUCAGAAGCAACCCAGCCUGCUGCAGAGCAUCCAGAACACGGAGAACAAGGCACUGCGUCUGAUCCAGCAGCAACUCUCGACAACCGGCGGUGGUAGCAGUGAGCUGGAGCUGGAGCAGCGUGCUCAGCUCAUUCCGUAUGCGGGCGCCAAGGUGUUGAUUAGCAGCGUGGAGCUGGCGCCGCAUGCCCCUAUCCACGAGCUGCGCGGCAAGUAUAUGCUGACCACGCAAUUCCGCACCCAGAAUCCCACCGUCAACAUGAACACGCCCCCGCCGAGCAAUUACCUGAACAGCUUCAAGGCCCACAAGACGCCCGGCCAGUUUGUCUUCUUUUACCAGCUGCCUGGAGUGGAGGCACCCAUGCAGACGCUGCGACCGGAUGGCAGUGUGCCGCAGGUGACGCAGCAGCCGCCCUCGUACCUUAAGGGGCCGGAGGUAUGCGUAGAUACGCGGACAUACGGCAACGAUGCACGCUUUGUCCGUCGCUCCUGCCGCCCGAAUGCCGAGCUGCAGCACUAUUUCGAGAAGGGGACGCUCCACCUGUAUAUAGUGGCACUGACGCACAUCCGUGCCCAGACGGAGAUAACGGUGCGUCACGAGCCACACGACCUGGCGGCGGUGGAGCAGAAGAAAUCCCAUGCAGCUGUCAUUCAGCCCACAAGCACACGCUGUGCCUGCGAUCUGGGCAGCGAUUGCCUCUUUGCCUUGCCGCUGGCAGUGCAACAGCAGCUGCAGGCUCCGCCGGCACAGCCCAGGAGCAGUCACCGCAACAAGGCGGCAGCAGCAGCGGCGGCAUCUGCAGCGGCCAAUAGCGCGGCAGCCAUACAGCUGACGAUGGGACUGAGUGUGGUCGGAGGACCAGGAUCUGGAUCUGGAGCAGCAACCGCAGGCGGAGCAACAAGUGUCGUCCUACCAAAUUCAAGGAAUCGUUCAACCUCCUCCAGUGGCGAGAGCAGCCAAAUGGGUUUGAAUAGUCCGCAGCUUGGUCAGUUGAAUCUUGGCUUUAAGCCCUCACCAACGACGGCCUCGUCGAUGACGGCGCCGGUUUGCAACAGCAGCGGCAGCAGCGGCAGCAGCAGCAGCAGCAGCAACAACUCCUGCUCGGUGUCCAUGUCCAGUGUGCUGCAUGACUCGGGCAUUUGUACCUCCUCCUCAUCGCCUUCAGUGUCUAUUCCUUCGCCUACGCCCGCUCAGCUGCAGUCGCCAACGCCGCACCAGACAUCGCUUUUGCAGCGGAGUCCUACGCAACAGCAUCAGCAGCAACAGAUUCUGGCAGCGUUGCCCACGCCAAUGUUAACGCCGAUAUUAUCACCACAGUUGCCACAGAAACCUGGUCAUGUGGUGUUGCAGCAAACUUCCCUUUUGCAACAGCAGCAGCAGCAUCAGGAACCUUUGGCUGUGAUUGCAGCAGCAGCAGCUGCCCAGCAGCCCAUGUCCACGUAUUUUGUGAGGCAAUCUCAGCAGCAACCGCAGCAGCAGCCCCAGCAACAAUCUCCUAAAGCACAGCAACAGCAGGUGACAGCUCACUUCUUGCAACAGCAACAGCAGCAGCAGCAACAACAAAAGCAGAAACAACUGCAUCAGCAACAAAUGGCAGAUGAGGCCAGGAUGGCAGUGAGUGCCUUACAAACCCUGCAUGCCACGCCUAUUAAGGUGACAACUGUGCAGCAGCAGCAGCAGCAGCAGCAACCACAGCCACAUCAUCAGCCUCCAAUGCAGUCGCCACAAAGGCAAACCCAGCAGCAGCAGCAACAACCACAGCAGCUGCAGCAGCAUCAACAACAGCAGCAGAUUGUCUAUUCAACCGGCGUGGUCCAGACCAUUCAGGUGGCCGCCACUCCUACGAAAAGUGUGUCCCUGGUCCACAACAACAAUAAUAAUAAUAAUAACAACAAUAGUGGGCAACCAGCGGUGGUGGCUACAGCCAGGAAAACUCCAGGCAAGCAGCCGCCUACCCAACAACACGUGACUCCCCCUGCUGCAGCAGUAGCAGCCCCAGCAGCAGCAAUACCAGUUACACCUUCGUCCGCAGGCGAAUCAUCCAGAGAUGAUGAGGGAUUGGCCACAACACCCACAACCCGCACGCCCGUCAAGGAUAAGCCGAAGCAGUCGCGGGAGGAUCGAAAGCUGGAGGCCAUUCUGCGAGCCAUUGAAAAGAUGGAGAAGCAAGAGGCGCGCCACAAGAAGGAGACCACGCGACAGGGCAUAAGUGGUGGGGGUAGCGCCAACAAGCGGCAGGCGAGUAACUCGCCAGCUUCGCCCAAUAAGCGAGGCAGCAGCUCCAACUCGAUCAGUGAGGAUGUGAUGGAUACGCCGACAAGCACCAACUCCCCGCAGCGACGCAACCAAAAGAAGAAGCGGAAGGUAAGCCGAAGCUACAACAACAAUAACAACAACAGCAGCAGCAGCAACAAUAAGCGAAGGAAGAGCCUUAUGGUGGAGUCGGAUGGGGAAUCGCACGCCUUGACCAACUCGGAAUCGGAGGAUCAUGUGCAGCAUCAUCAUGGAUCGGAAGACCAGGCAGCAGGUCUGCUCCUGGCCUUGGCUCACCACAACAACAACUCGCCAUCCAUCGCUAGCGAAUCUUUCAAAUCACCCACACCCAAGUCGCAGCAGUCCCUGCCUGUGAGCAGCGCCUGUUUGCUAAUUGAGGCCGCCAUGGGACCGCUGGUUGAGCAGCCGCCAGUUCCAGCCACGGCCUCGCCAUCAAGUGAAUUCAAGUUUCCGCCCGGUGGGGCCAAGACCAAGAAGACACUCAUGUCCAGCUGGUUUCAGCAGGAGCAGUGUGAGCAGCAGCAGCAGCAGUCAGGUUCCUCAUCCUCGGGCUUGGACAGCCUUGUGCGAGCGGCCAUGAGCGAGAUUAAUGGUGAACGCGACCAGCUGCAGCAGCAUCAUCAGCAUCAGCCAGCGCCGGCACUGCUGAAGGUUGAGCAGUUUAUCCACCAGACAGAGACGUCGUCGUCGUCGACGUCGACGGCAACCACACCGGGGGGCACUGCACGUGACCAACUGCAUUUGCCGCUGCAAAAUAAUUCAUCGGUGAAGAAGCGCUGGCUGCGACAGGCCAUCAGCGAGGAAACUACUCCGGAUGAAGGACUUUCUCCGCAGCAGCAACAGCAGACGCCCACCCCCCAACCUCAACUUCAGCCGAGUGUCUCGCCCCUUGCUAAUGGAUUCAGCACGCCGCUGAAGAAGCGCCGCCUAGUGGUGAUUAGCAAUGGGUCGAAUGGUAUGGAAGUCGAUGAACCGCACAUUGAUGUCAUUGGAGAAGAACCCAAGGAGGAGGCUGAGGAUGAGGACAUGGCCAUGCCAGUUUUGAAGGUGGAAACUGAGCAUAGCCACCAGCAGGAACAACAGCCGGAGCAGGACGAUGACGUGGACAUUUUGCGAUCUCCUAGCCCGGGCACUCAGCAAAUCGUCGCUGAGGACAAUCUGGUGAAGAUCGAGCCGGAGGACACAAGUGCAGCCGCCGAUGAUGUAAAGAUUGAUGUGGAACGUGAUGUGGAGAGCCAGGCCUGCGAUAAAUUCGAGGAGAUGGUAAAGGUGAAGCGAGAGGAGGAGGAACAGCGCGAGCAGCAACAACAGCUACAGCUGGAGCAACUGCAGCAGCAGCAGCAGACCAAGGCUGAGCCCUUGCCAGUGGAACCGAAAUUAGAGCUGAAUACCAACGCUGUCAAGUUGGUGCCCAAAAAGGAAACUAUAAUUCCGGAAUCUGAGCUGCCGCCGCCGCCCAAGGUGGAGACCACAAAGGUGGAAGAACCCAAGCCGGGCGAGUCCCUGUUACGCUCCACGGCAACGGCAGCAGCGGCAGCAACACUGCUCGAUGUAGGAAAGGUGGCCAUCAAGGCAACGCGACCACCUCCGCCUCUCAAACUAGAGGAUGAGCAGCCGCAAAAGAAAAAGCUCAAGCUGGAGGUAGUUCUCCCUCCCUCAACCACGACCACAGGAGCCAUAGAAGUAGUAGCAGCAGCAGCGCCAGUGCCUCUAGCUCCUGCAAUUCCUGCUGCUCCUUCGAGUACGAAAAAUCUCACAAAACACGACAUUCAGGAACGUUUGCUGUCCUUCCAUGCGGCCAACAUUUCAUACCUGCAGUCGAGAAACAAAAAGGCCACCGCCGCGGCUUCAAACCAAAAGAGCAACAGCAGCAGCAGCAGUGGUGGGAGCGGGGCAGAGUCCAAGAAAACCGCCAAGGAGAAGGAUGAGAAGCGCGAGAAAGAGAAGCAGCUGAAGAAGUCAAAGAAGGAAAAGAAGAAAUCCAAGGAGAAGGAAAAGGAAAAAGAAAAGGAUAAAGAAAAGGAGAAGGAAAAGGAUAAAGAAAAGGAAAAAGAAAAGGAAAAGCACAAGGCAUCAUCGACGACACUUGUCCUCCCCUUGGCAGACUCAAAGAAAAAGUCCAACCAGUCAGUCAUUAAGACGGAUUCCAAGACCUUGCCCCCAGCGCCGCCUUCAACCCUGGUGCCACCUGCCAGCCCAUCAGCCAUUACGGCCAAUGGAAAGUCCAAGCACUUGGCGCACAAUAAUGUGGAUCAACAGCAACAGCAGAAGAUGCGGCGUCGCACCAUGUCCAUGUGCGUCACACCCGUGACCCAAUCACCCCUGCCCCAGCCCCUGGCCCCGCCGACUCCACCCACGGCCAAGAAGCGGCAGACCAACUUCGAGCAAGAGCUGACCAAACCCAACAGCCAGAUCCUCAGCAGCAGCAUUCUCCUUAAUAGCAGUAAGGCGCUGGCAAGCGCCGUUCCUGGCAUCGUCGCCUCCACUGGUGUGGGUGCCUCAGGUGGAGUUCCGAAUGCAGUGCAACAGCCACAGCACCGCAAAGAAAACAAUCAUCACCAGGAGGUCCUGGCAAGUCCUGCGAGUGGAGGAGGACCCAUGAGCUUGGCGGCAGCCAUUGCCAGUGGCAAGAUAACGGCCAUUACACGGCGCCGCGAGUCUAUGUGCGGCAGCCGUCAGCAGGCGCUCAUUGCGGCCGCCUUGAAGAAGGAAAGGAAGGAGAAGAAGAAGAGCAAGAAGAAGGAUCGCGAGAAACAGAAGCAUGAGAAACAGAAGAGCAAGGAGAAGGACAAGGAACGGGAGAAGGAGAAGGACAAAGAAAAAGAAAAGGAUAAGGACAGCAGCAGACUGAUUAGCAGCAAGAUGAGCUACAUUCAGAAGCCACCAGUCGCAGUCCCAGCUAUAGUGGCUACUCCCCUGCCUGCCCCCGUUCCAGUGCCCACGCCGAAAGCUGCUCCCAUACCUGUGCUGAUCACGCAACCUACUCCUGCGGUUACAGUACCACCACUGGACAGCAAGAUGCCACCUUUGCCCUUCUACAACACCAUCUACGGCAAGUUUCAGGAUACUCCUUCGUUGCCAGCAAGUGGCAUUGCCGGCAAUGUCCCCACCAACAGCAGUAGCAGCAUGCCCAGUCUCUCGGAGUAUCUGGAGGCAAAAAUCAAAUCUUCCAAGGCGGCAGCCUGUCCAGCAGCUGCUGCCAUAGUUAGCCCAGUAACAGCAACUGCUGCUGUGGCUUCAUCACCUUUGUCCGUAGAAAUGCCGCCACCGACCACCACACCGCUGAAGCUGUACACUCGCACCGCCAGCCAUGAUCCUCGUCUGAAUCCCAUGCUCACAGUGCCAGAGCCAACGCCAAUGCCCAAACGCAAGCUCUCCAUUAGUGAGUAUAGGAUGAGGCAUCGGCCAUCGGUGGAUACGGCCCCAACAACGCCCACAACUCCUACGACACCAACAACCCCACCAGCAGCGAGCUGCUUUGCCAAGCCGCAAACAAUCAACAAGUGCUCGCUGCAAUCGCCGGAACGGUAUCAGGCGGCCAUAAGGGAGCGCAGGAACUCGAUCAGUGUACACCAGCAGCUCCAUCACCACCAGCAGCAGCACCAGCAGCAGCAGGGCUCGAAUCACCUUAAUCUCGGAAGCAAUAAUGUCAACAGCAAGAGUAGCAGCAACAAUCACUUGCAGCAGGUACUCGGCGUCAGCAGAAUGCCUGCCAUCAAGAAUCCGACUUUGGAUCCGGCGGCCACCACCCUGAGCACAGUGAACAGCAUUCUGAGUACGGCUCAAAAGCUGCACAUGUUCGAUGAUAAACCGAAAGGUGGCCACUUUAAUGCCGCACCAACGCUACUGGAGCAGCAGCAGGAGAAGAUGAGUGAGCGAUCGCGGUGUCUGCAAAGGACAAUUUCCUGUGAUUCGAGGGUAAUCGAGCGUUUGGGUUCAGUGGCGGCCGGAACUGCGGCAGCGAGUGCAUUAGUGGAAAAGGUGACCACGGCGGCAGCAAACCGGAGAGAUGCGGGUCACUAGGAGAAGGGGAAGAGCAAGCACUAAGGGUAAACAAAAUAUCGGACAGAACAAACGGGGAGGUCGGAUUCAAGUUUCUUUUUUUUUUUUUUUUUUAUAAGAAAAAGCUUGUUUACAAACCACACGAGAAAUACUUCGCCCCUUCAGUGUUUAUUUUAAUAAUAUUUUGAAUAGCAAACAAUAACAGAUCAAAGCAAACAUACAGACAAACAAAACAUGAAAAAGCCUAGCAAAACACACAAUGCAAUCAACAACAUGUAUAUUUGUAAGCAAAAAACCCAACUCUGAGAUCUUUAAGAAUUUCUAGAAGAUAAACAAAAACGUUGCGUUUUAACUAAAAACUACUUAGUUUACUUAAUGGCAUUCGUUUUCGGUCAAAGCAAAAAGAUAGACGCAAAGCAAACAAAGAAGAAACCCAAUUAAAAAUAUAACAAGGAUCGAUAUAAUAUAUAUUUACAUAUAGUAUAUAGAGUUCAGAUUUAGGCAGCCAAAAAAGAAAAACUGAAAUUACAAAGCUGAUAUAGGAGAAUCCCCUUGGGUAAUUGGUAAUAUGUAUUUUUUUUUAGUUAUUUAAGCCGAUUUAAAGGAGACCCAGAAAACACAGUUUCGUUAGAUAUGGGGAACUAAAUCUCUAUACCUAUAUCCUAUAUAUUUUGUGUAACUUUUGUUUAAACAACUUGAAUUACUUGUAAAACGUAGAAAUAAAAAGAUAAAACCAAGCCCCAAAUAUUAUAUACAAUAUCUAACGAAAUGCAGAGAUAAGCCCAAGCCACAAAGCAAUAUUAAGAAGAGAAUCCAAUGUAAAUAAUUAUUUUAAACACUCACAAAGCAGGAGAAUGCAAAUUGUUUAUUGUCCUUACCAGCUAAAGGUGCGUGUGAGUUGAACAACGUUGAAAAAAGAGUACAAAGCGAGGGGUUAAUUGAAUUAAUAAUUGGGCCACAAAAUGGAUGUACAUAGGCAUAAAUACAGGCAACAGCUGAUUUCCGAAGCCAUUUUUCGUACCUAGAAUUAAUUUUGUUUUAAACUUGCAUACAAAAUAACAAGCAACCCUAUUCUUUAAGGGAAAUCAUAAAUUCUGGUUACAUUUUGUGAAAUCAUUUUACAAAAUUAACUCCAAUUUUUGUUGCAUUAUUCAACAUGAUAAAUGCCAGCCAAGGUGUGUACCUUUCGAUACAUCCCUUGCGUUGUAGCAUUUCUCUUUUAUAUAAUGGGAAAUUAAAAUAUAUAAAUCUGUAUUAUCUCUUUUUUGGAACCUUAGAAAAAAAAACGAAUACACCCGGUGAAAAGUUUUUCCGUCACACUUACCAGUCGUAGACCAUCUGUUUUAUUUUUCUUGAAUAAGUUUAAUGGAGAAGACUAUAUUCUCCUUUACAUAACAUAAACUUGUACAUACGGAAUUGUAUUUCUUAAUUUAAGGCGACAAACAGGUGCGUUAUACACAGGCUAGCGUAAUUUCUUUUUAUGAUUUAUCUUUUAUUUCUGUAAAUAGGCAACAUAUGCAGCACACUUCAUUAUUAUUAGUCUAAGGGAAUAAGUGUAAAAUAUCUAAAUAUUGAAGAGUUCUAAGCCGGAUUUUACUGAAACGUAUAUAUUGUUAGUUAUUUUUUUUUUUAAGAUAUGUACCAUACUACAAUAAGCAAAACCCAUAUUAACCUUACUUAUUCAUAGUUAUCUAUAACAAAUAUUAAAAUGUACGAUGAUAAAACACACAGUUUGUAGUUUUCGUAAUACAAUUUUGAUAGUUCUCUAGUUGGUAAACACAAACGAAAUUAUUUAUAACUUAUUUGAAGGGAAAAAUACCCCUACUCGUAAUAAUUUUUACUCUACACUUAGAUCCUUUGUAAGUGCGAAUUUUGAAUUGUAAGUGUAAGCGUAGUGGUUUUAGUCACAUAAGUCUACCUUGGUUCAACUGAUGAUGUAAAUUAAAAAUACGUUAAUUGUUUACUAAACACACACAAACACACAAACACAUUAUGCCACGACAAGUUGUCGGCAUGCCAAGCUUCGUCUGUAAAAUACAUUACAAAGUGAAUUCGUAAGAUUCUUUAAAGAUAAACACAAAAAACCGAAAAACAACAAUAAAACGAAAAUAAUAUGAAAAAUAA